GGUCCUAUAGAGUGCCAACAUGGCUAAAUACAUAGGUUUAUGUUUGCUCUUGGGAAUAGCCGUGAUGUGCACGGUCAUUGCCGUGUCUUCGGCGCGAGAUGUUCGAAGUCUAAAGGGAGAUUUGGAGAUGGCCGGUUCUCAUCAUCAUCACGGUCAUCAUCACGAACAUGGUGGAGGACAUGAGCACCAUUCCCAUCAUCAUGGAGAAGAGGGUGAAAAAGGCGAAAAGGGUCACAAGGGCCACCAUCACCAUGAACACGGGGAGCACGGACAUCACGGCAAAGAGCAUCACGAGGGCCAUCAUGAGGAACACGGUGGUCACAAGAAGGGUCACCACGACGAGCACGAUGAGCACGGCAGCCAUCACGAGCACGAACACGGCCAUAAGGAGGCGAAAUUCGGUCACGGACAUGGUCAUAAAAAGGGCGAGAAGACUCAUGGUUACCAUCACAAAGCUCACAAAGACGAAUACCAUAAAGAACACAAGUUCUACGAUGAUUAUCACAAAGGAGGACAUCACGAGAAGCACGGUGACCAUCACGAGCAUCAUCACGGCGAAGAGGGCCAUCAUAAGAAGGGCGGUCAUCAUCAUUCUGGUCAUCACGAGGAUCAUCAUGGAAAGAAAGGUCAUCACGAUAAAGGACAUUAUGACGAAGAUCAUCAUGGCCAUCAUGGCAAACACGGUCACGAAGAACAUCAUCAUCAUCAUGAAGAUCAUGGAAAGAAACACGAGUCUCAUGGCGGCAAAAAGCAUGGAUGGCAUCAUGGUCAUGGUGGACAUCACGAUCAUCAUCACCACGAAGGUCAUCAUGGAAAGAAGGGCCAUCAUGAAAAAGGUCACCAUCAUCACGAUCAUAAGGGCCACAAACACCACGACGAUCACGAGCAUCAUCAUCAUCAUCAUCAUCAUCACGGCAAGAAAGGUGGUCACGAAGAUCACAAGGAAUGGGGAUACAAAAAGAAACAUUGAGAAGAAUUCGCUAUUUAUGAGAUACCACCAGCUGCUUUUACAUAGAUUCCUGUUAUUCGCUUUCGUACAUUUUGUUCUUCACGCGCUGUUAUGUGUCUUAAUUGUCUCGUGCAUAUGUUGAAAUAAAUUAGUAAAUUUAUCACAUAUUUCUUACUCGUGUGCGCAAUUUGCGUAGAGUAUAUAUGCGAGUGCGUAAAAUCCGCAUAUAAAUGGCAUGAAAUUCACAAAACCCUUGUUUCUUUUUGUAAAAAUAUUUUAUUUCUGCACUACAUGGAACUGUUUUACAUGCAGUGAUUAUUAUUGUAAUUGCAGUAAUGUCGCAUGUAAUUUAUUACAUAGAUAUAUUAUCGCUUCUUUCCACGCACGUAAAUCAAUAAUUAGGAAGUUACUGGAAAUCAGAAUUUUCUAUACAUCUUUAAAUUGAUGUUAUACAUCAUUGAGUGCAAAUUACUGAUAUUACAAAUUACCGGCAUGCUUGGAAUCUUUGCUCUUAAUAAAAAUUCCUAUAUUCCAGCUAUUUAUCAAAUACCGAUAUUAAUAAGCAG